GGGGGGGGGCAUUUCGGGGGAUCCGUCGCUCCCUCAAGAACGAAGAACCGUACUGUAACGUUAUAAUUAGAACACAGCAGUGAAACAGACACAAAAAUAGAAAUACACUUUUUAACCAUGGCUAGCAUAUAAAACGCUCGGAUUCGUACAUUUUUUUUAGUUUAAUUAAAGUCAAAGUUUGUUUUUAAAGUGAUUCUUGUAAAGUGAUCCGCGCCGAGAGGAGAGACAGAAUUCGGUUUUCGACUCGGACGGUCCAACGUUAUCGCCAUUACGGAAUUAUGUGAAAAAAAAUGAAAAUGCAGUUGUUAAAGGCGUUGAUUUGAAAUUAAGUCGAUUUUAGUUACACGGGAGUGAGCCGGGGUGAAAAAACUGUCGCGUUCGAGUUACGUCCUUCCGACUUUCUACGUGAGGCCGACGUCAAAAUUCCAAAAAAGUCUUAACCUUAAUUGAUUUUCCUGCUUUAUGACCAAGGUGCUGGUUACACCAUGUUUUGGAACAACAAUCUCUCUUCGCCGUCAAUCGACACAGUCCUUGUCAAACAUGAUUUGAAACUUGGCGAAAUUUUAGACCAUGAAAACAUCAUUCAAGACCUUCGGAGUCAAAAUAAAAAAUUAUUGGAGUUUAUUACAAGGGCAGAUGUAUUGAAUGAUCUGGUUACUUUAGUGACUGAAGAGCCUAGUCUCGAAUUGGAUGAGAAUGAGCGUUACAGGUGGCCGAACUUGGCCUGUGAAGUCUUGACAACUGAUGUACCAUUGCUUAACGAAUGCCUUUCCGAAAAGGAUCUCUUAGUUAAACUAUUUUCUUUUUUUGAAAGUGAUCCGCCCUUAAAUCCCCUCUUGGCGUCUUUUGUGAGCAGGACAUUGAGUCUAUUAAUUAGUAGAAAGAUAGAUCAGAAUUGGUACUCGUACCAACUUACUUGCCUUAAAGUUUUAGAAUUUUUAAAAUCCACUGAAAACAGCUCACAGUUACUUUUAAAACACUUAGGCACAUCGGCAAUCAUGGAUUUAACACUUAAACUCCUGACUCAAAUUGAAGGAGAUGCCAUGCAAAAAAAUCUGCUUGAUUGGAUAGAGAGUGUACACUUAGUGGAAAAUAUAGUUGCCUUGUUUCACCCAAGUGUUGAUGCUGACCGACAAGUCAAUGCAGCUCAGCUUUUAUGUGAUACUAUUGAAAAAUUAAGAGCAAAUGAAAUUCCAGCUAAUGAAUACACAGUUUUAAACCACAUUCAAUCGCCUGAAGUAAUUAAAAAGCUUUUAUGCAACAUGUUUGAUGAAGAUGAGAUAUCAGAAAGCAGCAUUGCAGGAGGGAUUUCUGUAUUGCUUACUCUUCUAGACACUUCCCCUGUGGAAUCAAAUGUGAUCGUGUAUAGAGAAAACCCUGAGUCCUAUGAUUCAGUUAAAACUUCCAACCCUGUUUUGCCCGAAGUCAUUUCCGUCAUUGUUCCAUAUUUGCCUAAACUUCACAAUUUGCUCAUAAAUCCACCAAAGAAAAAUCCUAUUAAAUUAGCCUGUGGUUUGAUAGAGCCCCCUUUAGGUACUACACGACUGGCUGUGAUCAAAUUAAUUUCCGCACUUAUUGCAACAAACACUCUUGAAGUCAAUGAGAUGCUCGAUAAAUUGAACACUGUUCAAGUUCUUUUGGAUCUCUUUUUUCACUAUACUUGGAAUAACUUUUUGCAUACCGAGGUAGAUAAAUGUUUGGCGUUUGCCAUCAACUCCCCUUUGGCCCAAGAAACCAAUCCGCUUAUAACAAACAUAUUUGUUAAAUGUCAGUUACUUAAGAGGAUUCUAAAGGCAUGGGAAGACAACGAACUCGACCAGGGUAAAGGAGGUAAGAGGAGAGGCUACAUGGGCCAUUUGACAAACAUCGCCAACUCUAUUGUCAACCAGAAAGACGGAAAUUUGCAAGUUUUCCUCAAACAACAUGUUGACGAUGACACUAUGAACCUAUGGCAGAAUUAUGUCAACGGCACUUUACAGCCCAUAAACAAAGUCCACCAAAGAUACCUUGGAGGAGUUCAUCCAGCUCAGAAUGUCAACUCUGAUGACCAGUCUCAUUAUAGGAACAUAGUUUUCUCAAGCGAUGCAGUAAUGGACUUUAACAAUUCUUCCAACUUCAACGACUCAGUUGGCAUCGAUAAAGAUGAACUCACAAGUUUUGAUGAGAUGGAAGGAAGGGAGAAACAAUUCUCGGAUUUGUGCACAAAGAAAGACUUUAGUUUAGAUGACAUGAUGAGGCAAUCGUUUAUGUGUGAUUUCAACCCUUGGCAACAGGCUGAAACAGGAGAUUCGUCUGUGAAUGACGGUUGGGCCGAUUUUGCCAAUGUUAUCGAACAAAUAAAUUGCGAGCCAGAUUUUAAAAAUCACGUUGAUGAUGAAGGUGACAGUAAAGAAGAGAAAAAUUGCAAAGAGAAUCAUGUAAUCAUGGAAGACAAGUGUGAAGUUGAAUCUGGUGACCUGGAUAAAAAAAGCGACAAUAAUGCAAAUUUAAAUAAUUUUAAUAAAGACGCCCCAAACCAUGAGGAAGAGCUUAUUGACAACUUUAGGUAUUUAUCAAAGCAAGGAAUGAUGUCUGAAAUACCGGAAGUUCCUCAAAGUCAAGGUGAUGGUGUAAAUAAAUCUUGUAGUGAUAGUGUGCCUCAGCAAAGAGUAGAGGAGAGCAUGAAAGCAGAUGCUCCUCAAGAUCCUGUGUGAUACUUGUUGAAAGAUUAUUCUUGUGCUAACUGCAUAUCACCUUUGUUAAACCCUGUGAUCAAUUCCUAUUAUACUUUUAUGAAACUGUACGUUAAAUGUUUUUUUCUUAGGGUAUUAGGUAUUUAAAGAAAAAUAAUAAAAUCAAGAGCCGUGAUAUACUUUCAAAUUGGAACAGGUUUUUCCUUUUGAUUUCCAUCCACCGUUGGUUUAUUGCAAAAUGAUCGGAGAAUGUGCAAAUAAGAUUUAUAAUUAUAUAAUAUUUCUUAAUAUACAAAUUUAUUAAAAUAGGGUUGUAUAUAAUAUUGAUCUUUCCUUGAAACCAAUUAUACCAUCAAUUGUUAAAAUUUAUUGUUAUUAUUUAUUCAACCACAGAAAACAAUUGUAGAUAAAUAAAUAUGGUGAUGGCAAUAUCAAGUGA